GAAUUAAAUUAAAAAAAAACAAACUUUUAUUUUCGAAACAUAAUAAUAAGGAACCCCUGAGAGAGAGAGAGAGAGAGAGAGAGGAUGAAGGGGAACACGAAGAAGCCGAUCCAGGUGGUGCGGACAUGGGUACGGAGGCAACCACCGAAGGUGAAGGUGUUCCUUGCAUUCGCCAUCGCAAUCGCCGCCCUCAUCUUCAUCCGCAUGGUCGUUUACGAUCACGACAACCUCUUCAUUGCCGCUGAGGCCGUUCACGCUCUCGGAAUCUCUGUUCUUAUUUACAAGCUCGCCACCGAGAAAACUUGCGCCGGUCUUUCACUGAAAUCGCAAGAACUCACAGCCAUUUUCUUAGGUUCUAGACUCUACUGCAGUUUUGUAAUGGAAUAUGAUGUACACACCUUACUAGAUUUGGCUACCUUAGCUGCCACCGUAUGGGUUGUCUAUAUGAUGCGUUUUAACCUCAACUCCAGUUAUAUGCUCGAGAAAGAUAACGUCACCAAUUAUUACGUGGUGAUUCCUUGUGCCGUACUGUCUCUAGUGAUUCAUCCGACAACACAACAUCAUAUUAUAAACCGGAUUCUAUGGGCCUUUUGUGUUUAUUUGGAAGCUGUUUCGGUGCUGCCACAACUUCGUGUCAUGCAAAAUACCAAGAUUGUUGAACCGUUCACAGCACAUUACGUUUUUGCUUUAGGGGUUGCAAGGUUUCUAAGUUGUGCUCAUUGGAUUCUCCAGGUGCUGGAUACCCGGGGAGGUUUAUUGACGGCUUUAGGUUAUGGGUUAUGGCCGUCGAUGGUCCUCCUUUCUGAAAUCGUCCAAACGUUUAUACUCGCCGACUUCUGUUAUUACUAUGUUCAAAGUGUUAUGGGUGGGCAACUCGUUUUACGCCUUCCAUCAGGCGUGGUGUGAGUCGGGUAAAAAGCGAGCAGGGUUCAAAGGGACGUUACAACUCCCCGAUAAUAUAGUAGUAGAGUUAGUAAGCAGCAUGUUCCUGUUUAUGUUAACAUAUGGGAGUGUAGGGGGUGGGGUUUGGUUCCUUUCAAGAUUGUUACCCUGUUAAGUUUAUGUAAAGUUUUUAAUCUAUCUUAAAAAAGGGAAAGUAUCCCUUAUCUUAGCUUUGCUUA